AUGAAGAAAAGCAAGGCCCCCUCCACUAGGAGAGCUCAAAUCCAGCAUCUGUACCAACGCUACGCCUCAGGCCAGAUGACACUGCCUGCCUGCGUCCUCCUCAAGUUCCUCCACAAGGAGCAGAUGGAGCUCACUGCAAAUGAGGAGACGGCAGAGAGCUUGAUUGAUAGAUAUGAGAUUGAAGAGACAGCCAGAGAGAGCAGGUCCAUGACAUUCGAAGGAUUUCUCAGAUACAUGGAGUCCAAAGACUGCUGCGUGUUCGACCAGGCCCACACAUCCGUGUACCAAGACAUGAACCAGCCUCUCACCAGUUACUUCAUCUCCUCAUCACAUAACACCUACCUGACUGGAGAUCAGCUGGUGGGAAAGAGCCACCUGGAUGCCUAUGUCUGUGCUCUGAGGAAAGGCUGUCGCUGUCUGGAGAUUGACUGCUGGGAUGGGCCCGACAUGGAGCCUGUAGUCUACCAUGGCUACACCCUGACCACCAAGAUACUCUUCAAGGAUGUCGUCACCACUGUGAAGCAACAUGCCUUCGAGGUGUCUGCUUAUCCCGUGAUUCUGUCGUUGGAAAACCAUUGCUCGCAGGAGCAGCAGGAGGUCAUGGCACAGUACCUCAUCUCUAUCCUGGGGGACAAGCUGCUGAGAGCUCCCUUGGAACACUUAACCACCAGAGACCUCCCAAGCCCAAAUGACCUGCAGUAUAAGAUUCUCAUCAAGAAUAAAAAGCUAAAGCCUCAGAUUAAGACAGAGGCGGAGGAGAGUGUAGAUGAGGGCGAGGAGGAGGAGGAGGAGGACGAUGAGGAGGACGAGGAGCAUCAAACCAAAGCAAAGUUCUGGUCUCCCAGAAAGGCAGGGCCAAAGGUGAAAUAGAAGAAGAAGGUGGUGGUGGCAGAGGCUUUAUCUGACCUGGUCAUAUACACCAGGUCUGUCAAGUUCAUCAGCUUCACUCACUCUAAGGACAAUCAGAACUACUAUGAGAACACAUCCAUGGCAGAGAAGACAGCUCGGAAGCUGGCCAGAACCUCAGGUGCAGAGUUUGUUCAGCAUAACCAGAAGUUCCUCAGCAGGAUUUACCCAGCGGGCUCGAGGACGUCUUCAUCCAACUACAACCCUCAGGAGUUCUGGAACGUCGGCUCACAGCUUGUGGCUCUAAAUUUCCAGUCCCUUGACUUUCCCAUGGACCUUAAUGAUGGCCGUUUCCGGGACAACGGGGGCUGUGGAUAUGUCCUGAAGCCGGCGGUGCUCAUGUCCAGAGAGAGGAGCUUUGAUCCCGGCUGCAGCCGGAACUGCCUCAUACCCACACACCUGCUGCUCAAGGUUAUCAGUGGGUCCAACCUACCUCUCCCCAGGAGUGGCAAAGCUCUGGACCCCUUUGUCAGAGUGGAGAUUCACGGGACUGCCUUUGACUCGUGCAGAAAAAACACACAUACUAUCAAAAACAACUCUCUGAGUCCUCACUGGGAUACUGACAUGAACUUCAACAUCACCGUCCCUGAGCUCUGCCUCAUCCGCUUCUGUGUCCGAGACCAGACCGGCCUUCUCAGCAGCGAUUUUGUGGGCCAGUACACGCUGCCCUUCACCAGCCUGAAGAAAGGCUACCGCUGGGUGCCUCUCCGGUCCCGAGACGGAUGCAGCCUGGAUCCAGCCUCCCUCUUCGUCUUUGUUUGGUGUUCCUAAAAACAGCUCUCCAUAUCAGAAUCACACGCACGCAGACACACACACACACACACACACACCUCGCCAACAGAUAGAGAAGCGUGGCUAAUGCAACAACAACAACAAAAAUAUAUAAAUAAAUCAAGAGCACCAUUUCCUCAGAUAUAAAUACCAGUUUUAUUGUCAGAAAAUAGAUGUGCAUUUUCUCUGCUGCCUGCACUCUGUGCUGCAGAGGAACAGACCAGAAGGUUCCAGCGGGCCUGAAAAGAGACUCUAGCGAAGAAUCGCUCUGCCGGAGAAAUCCCUGGAGUGGGAUAUUAGAUUCUUAUCACAGAAUUAAUAAUUGAUGCAAGUGCAAUUAUUGUGGCAGACUUGAACACACAUAAGAAGAUCGUAGCCAAGCGCAAGACACAGUGUUGUUUUUGGAUUAAUCAUCUAUUCCAAAACAAUAGAUGCAAUUCUUCUGUUAGGUCUGCAACUGAUGAGUGAUGCCAGGAUCCAUUAAUACUCUGUGAAUACUACUAUGAAGAGUAGCAGCCAGCAUUUUCUUCCAAGCCUACCUCACUGUGAGGGACCCAGCAGGGAGUAAUAGAAAUAGCAUUCACAGUGGUAUACAUUAUUGAACCAAAUCCAGUGCAGGGAAGUCUAUUUCUAUCCUCCUCAUCACUAAAUCCUGUGAAUGAGGUGGAGGAGAAUACGGGUCAGCAGGUCUGUCAGGAGGAGGAUGGCAUUAAGAUAACAUGAAGACCUGCCUGAGCUCUAAAAGAGUGUGUGUGUGUGUGAGGAGGUGCUUCUUCAGGGGUAUUUGUGUGGGCAUGUGACUGUCUGCUUUUGCAUGCUUAUGCAUGCAUGUGCAUAACUGUGUUUGAAUGCCACUGAUGGAUAAGACAAAGGAUGGAGUGAGGGGGAGAGUGUUAACUCAGCCCCUCAGGCCAGAGAGGCAGUGUUGUCAUCCUGCUCACACACUCUCCUCACUCCUCACCCCCCCCGCUCCCUCACCCUCCUGCCUCCCGCCUCCAAUUCCAUUGGUCAAGGACAUGCAGUUGACACAGCCCAAAGGGACAAACACUCAGUCUGGGCAGGUAUCAGGCAGGCAGAUCCUAACAGCACUGCAUCACUGCCUCUUUAAUCUGUCACAUCGACAGUCUCGACCGCACACGUUUACAAGGACAGUUUUGACUCGCAGAGAAGAAAACAAAGUUAAAGUACAAAUGAAAGUGCAAGUUUGAUAAUAAAAGUAAUAUGCUCUUUCCUUCAUCCAUAAUCAAGACCACAUAAAAAAUUGACUAAUUAGCAAAUGUCCUUCAUUUGAUUUAAAUUCAAAACACAUGCAUAUGCUAAAUAAUGCUUUACACAGUAAACAGUCUCCUUGCUUGAGUUCUACUCAGCCUUGUAACUUCAUCCAAAUACAUCAUCCACUGCCAAGCAAAUUUAGCCCCGGAGUGAGGUUAAUUUCCAUCGGAUAAAUACGUAUAAAUGAGAGUGCACACCUCCUCCACACAGGUGAAUUUGUCUUACUCAUUCAGUCUGAGAGCUCCUUGGAUGGAGUCCGUCCAGCUGUGUGGUUGCACCCCCUGCUGGCAGCCAACACACAGUGCAGCACACUUUGAGGUCAGAUUGCACAGUUCCUGAGGGGAAACCAGGUCUCCUUGUCAAGCAACUCCUCCUCCAGUUUAAUAUUAGUUGCAGCCACAAAAGUAUUCUUGCUCUUCACUGUCACUUCCAGCACCAUCCCAUACAGCAGUGGGACAUAACUGUACUCCAUCUGUUGAUAAGGGGCACACAUUUUAACAGCUGUACGUUCAGAACAUCCAGUAAAUUGAGGAUA